AAGCUGCGCAAUAAGUAGCAGCUUGAACACCUCUGUUUUGUACGCAUCCAUCCAUGGUAUCAGAGACCCCAAAAGGACAUGCUAGCAAUUGCUGUUGUUGGAUGGAACUAGCUAUUUUGGUGGAGGAAAGAAACCAUGGGGUAUUGAUUGCAUAAUAUUCAGUGUAACUGUAAACUAGAAUUUGCUUAACAUUCACAUUAAAGGUCUGUUAACGACCUGCUGAGGCCUUGUUUGCUUCGAGUCUAGUCAAUCCUCGGCCUGUUUGGAACAUUAUUACCCUGCAGUGGCUCGACUUGAGCCGCAGGAUUUAGCCUCUCUAGCUAGCCAGUGGUUUUCUAAUUCAAUUUGAAAGUUAACUAUAAAGUUGGUCAUCAAUUUUAAAUGGUUGUCCACAAUUUAUUGGUUGUUCUCAUGCAAUAAGCCUCUUAUACUUGUACGGCCAAACAAUUUUAGCUAGCGAACGUUAGCUAUCGUGAACUUGGCAAGUGUGGGUCGGUGGAUGCAGCUAGCUAGUUAACGUUACCCAUAUCAGUAUUUAACGUUACCCGCUACUUAUGCCAACAAGCUGCUGCAGAAACAUCAACAAUGUCUUUGGUAGCGUAUGCUAGCAGUGAUGACAGUGAUUCAGACGAAACGUCUAGUUCCAUCGUCCCGGGUAGCAAACCUGGGGGGCUUUUCGCACGCCUCCCUACCUUAAAAAGAUCUGCAGAGGCACUAGGAAACGUGCGACCAAGCAAAGGGACAACACACUUCUCAUCACGGAACACUGUGUCAAACGAUGGCGACGAGGACUCCGUUACCCGUUCUCAACCAUCCAAGGGAGGGUUGCUUUUCGAUUUACCUAAGCCGAAGAAGCGAACAGAGCCUGUCAAAAUCACUAUACCUGAGAUGAAGAGAGGGGAUUCUGACUCCGAUGAAGAUGAACCAAGGAGAAAGAAAUCCCUGCCCCAGGGCCCUGGCACUGGCCUUUCCUCCCUCCUGCCUCAGCCAAAAAACAUGGUUGUGAAGGAGAUGCAGAGGGCUCUAGUGCCUCACACCCUCACCAAACGGCCGGAGCCAAAGAAACCCACAAAGCCCUCCUUAGGGGCCUCCCAGGGCCACCCCAGCUCCAGUGCAUCCCCCUCCGCCAUCAAAGCAGCAGCCAAGUCAGCUGCUCUGCAGCUAGCGAGGCAAAUAGCUGCUGAGGAAAGUGAUGAGGAACUGGCCCCCGAGAACUACUUCUCCCUGGAAGAGAGUGCCAAGCCUCUCCCCGCUGUGGUCCCCAGCUUGAACCCGGAGCCUGUCCCCACCUCAGGCCUGCUACCCGCUCCUCCAGGCAUGCAGCGUGGUACCUUCCAGUCAGAUGCCCCUCUGGACUUUGGCGCGAACCAAGAGGGAGCUUGGGGAGGUCAACAGCUAGGGGCGUACCAGCAGCCCUCGGCAGCGCCUCAGGGUUACUACAACGAGGCUUACUACCAGGAUCCAGAGUCUGACCCAGCACUGCCUGAGCCAGAGCAACCUAGCUCCUCCGCCCUGUUUGAUGAUGAAGCGUUCAUGAGGCUGCAGGGGAAGAGGAACAGGGGCAAGGAGGAGGUGAAGUUCCUGGAGAUCAAGGGAGAUGACCAGCUGAGCGGCAACCAGCAGUGGAUGACCAAGAGCAUGACAGAGGAGAAGCAGCAGCGCAAAUCCUUCAGCAAGAAAAAGGGAGACCAACCCACAGGGCAACAGCGACGCAAGCACCAGAUCACAUACCUCAUCCACCAGGCAAAGGAGCGAGAGCUAGAGCUGAAGAACAACUGGGCCGACAACAAGCUGACUCGCCGGCAAACACAGGCCAAAUACGGCUUCUAAGAACCGUAACAGAAGGCUUGGUGGCAUGCAUAGCUCUCCCCCUGAAGAUUAGAGUAGUACAGUCCAGAAGAUUUCCUCAACUUGGGGCAUACUAUACCCUUGUCGUGGGGUAGGGGUUACACACCUCAUAGACCCAUCCUUGAAGAUGCUAGCACUGACUUUCCUUUUUGUCCCCCCUGUUUGUGGGCCUCCCUGGAUUUGAUACUUAACAGUAGUUUUGGUGGACUAUUUUGUACUUAUGUUGGUUCUUGGCUGCAUAGGAAAUCAAAAUGAGACUGCUGCACACAUGGUUGACCGACACAUAUGUUUUCCUGGGAAAUAGUGUUUAAAUGCAAUUUCAUGUGGUGGUAUAUUUCACCAGAUUACACAUUGGAACCACCAAUGAUCAGUAGUCUGAGAAUAAAAGGAACGUUUCCCUUGCGGUGUCCAGAUUUUAUUAAUCUUGUAUGUUUCCAAUGGUGGGACAGUGACCUGCUCUUAAAUCCUGUCAAUCCAACCCCAAGCUUUCCCUAGGUUUUUAGAUGUUAGAAAACACAUCAUUUGAUGCCCUUGGUGGAAUUACCCUGUUGUGAUACUUCAACCUGACCAGUUUGGAAGAUCUCUUUACUGGAUUUUGGGGGAGAGUUGGUGUCUUUUAAAGGAGCCAGAAACUCCUGUCGUCUGCCAGUAAAAAAUAUAAUAUACAGUGAUGACGGAGAGACUUAUUGGAAUAAUGAACUGUGCAAUUUGAAUAAAAUAAUACUGCCCAUCUCUCAGGCUGUGGAGAAUCUUGUAUUGCUUUCUCUCCAGAGAAAUGGAUGUAAAAUUGGAUCAGUUAUGUAUUUUACCGUCCUGGCUAGCCAACCAGGUUUUUAAAUGGCUGUUUAGCUAGGCCUCAACAUUUAGUGAGGAUUUGGGAAUCCAUGUUUCUGAAGGGCGCACUGUGCACAUUCUGCUGGUUUUGUUGUACCUCUAUAUGGUGAUAAGGGGACCACAUCAAUUCUGGAUCUAAAGGCAUCAGAUACUGUAUGUGUAAGAGAUAGGCUAGGGUGCAUUCAUUGCUUACACAUACCCAAUCCUCUCAGAGCUUCAAGGGUGAGAAUUAAGGGAAAUUGAACUUGGAAGGGCAGUUUGUCAAAUUAAUCCCAUUUCACCUGUAUAACCAGAAAAAAAAGGUGCUGAAAACCAGCAGUUUCAAGGAUCACGGGUCUACCUUUCGUGAUAAACUAGCCAUGCUGCACACAUGGUUGACCGACACAUGUUUUCCUGGGAAAUAGUGUUUAAAUGCAAUUUCAUGUGGUGGUAUAUUUCACCAGAUUACACAUUGGAACCACCAAUGAUCAGUAGUCUGAGAAUAAAAGGAACGUUUCCCUUGCGGUGUCCAGAUUUUAUUAAUCUUGUAUGUUUCCAAUGGUGGGACAGUGACCUGCUCUUAAAUCCUGUCAAUCCAACCCCAAGCUUUCCCUAGGUUUUUAGAUGUUAGAAAACACAUCAUUUGAUGCCCUUGGUGGAAUUACCCUGUUGUGAUACUUCAACCUGACCAGUUUGGAAGAUCUCUUUACUGGAUUUUGGGGGAGAGUUGGUGUCUUUUAAAGGAGCCAGAAACUCCUGUCGUCUGCCAGUAAAAAAUAUAAUAUACAGUGAUGACGGAGAGACUUAUUGGAAUAAUGAACUGUGCAAUUUGAAUAAAAUAAUACUGCCCAUCU